UGAAAUAAACAUAGAAGAGAAUACUUUUGUACGCUUGUUGUUGCAUGUGCAGUAAAAAAGUCUAGCUGUUUUAAAAUAAAAGUUUUCCUAAAUUUUCAAAUAUCAUUGUAAUAUAAAAACGAGUUAUUCGUAUUGAACUUGCAUACAUAAUUUUGGUAAAAAUGUCCACACCAAAUGAGGAACUGGUGGAACGCGUCGUUGAAGUAACGGGUGCAAAUGCAGAUGAGGCUAAACACUUAUUAAGUGCCUGCAACAACGACGUAGAGUCAGCUGUUGCCUUGUAUUUUGAGCAAGGAGGAAGUGCUGCUGAAGCCGUCCCAGCACCAGUUAUUGACGAUGAAGAUAAUGUUCGAGCACCUAUAGCGCCAAAGCGUGAACAAUUAAUAGGACCUGAAGAUGAUAAUUUUCUAGCUGCACCCUCUUUAUCUGCUUCGGGGCGAAUGCAACGUAUGAAUCAGCGUGUUAAAGUGUGUCCUUUUCGUGAUUUUGCACGUGAAGGAGCAUUAAUGGAAGAACAAUUGCAAGCAGACGCAUCUGGUUUAGGAUCAUCAAAUGGAGCAUCAGGCCGACGUUGGGCUAGUACUCGCGCUGCGUCUAUGGUGACAUCAGCUGUUAGAGCGCAGUCUACAGAUUCCAAACCAUCCACUUCAUCGCGUUUGGGUGAUCUCUUCCGUCCACCAACUGAUAUAUCAUUUGCUGGUACUUUCCAGGCAGCUCGUGCUCGUGCGACGGCGCUCAGUCAAUGGUUGCUUGUGAAUGUUCAAGAUGAAAAUUUUAAUUCACAAGUAUUAAAUCGCGACGUUUGGUCCAACAAAGAAGUGCGGCAGGUUAUUAAAAGAAGAUUUCUAUUGUGGCAAAUUGAUACCGAUACUUCGGAGGGACGUCGUUUUGUUACAUUUUAUCAUUGUGCGAAUUUGCCGUAUGUUUGUGUGGUUGAUCCACGAACUGGUGAAGAGAUGUGGAAGUGCACAGAGCCAAAGGAAUCGAAUGUUUUAUGUGGGUUGCGUGAAUUUAUUAGUGAGCACAAGGAAUUCAUGGAUGACGGUGCUGAUGACAGUCCAUCUACUUCCAAACGCACUAUUACCUUGUCAGAUGAUGAACAGGAGGUGGAGGGCUGUGCAGAGAAAAAGAAACGCUUAAAAUUGCUCGAUCUAACAGAAGAAGAGCAAAUUAAUUUGGCGAUACGUAAUUCCAUGCGAGAAAAUGGUAAUGCAAAUGGCAAAGGUAAAAGUAAGCAUACUGCUAAUAAUGAAGACCGUGAGGAGGGCACUAAUGAUGCGGACGAUAGUAGUGAAUUCGAGUCAAUGGAAGAAUUCGGAGACGAGGAUAGCAAAAGUGCAUACGAACAUACGAAUACAUCAUAUGAAACUCAGCUUGGUAAAGCUACCAACGAACUAACCGCUCUUAGACUACGUUUACUCAAUGCCGAAGGUAAUGAUGAGGUGGUACAGUUGCGUUGGCCAUCGGAUACGCUACUGAAAGUGCUUCGACUGUAUAUUGGUGAAAAGCAUGCACAUGUUACAAAAAAUGGCGGCACAUACAAAUUGAUUUGUGCGUUCCCUCGAAAAACGCUUGAGGCAGAGCAUGACAGUUCUUCAAUGAAGGAAUUGGGCUUGCAUCCUUCAGCGAAUUUACAUAUAACGUUAGAUGAGUGAUUAUUUCUAUAUGUAUAUCACAAAGCCGAGCAUUAUUAUUACUACCUUUAAUUAAAUUUAAUUCAAAAUAUUAAAUUAAGAUUACAAAAUUAAGAUUUAUCAAAACAUUUCUUGUUUAAAGAAAAUGUGGCGGUUGUUUUUUCUUUUGUAUUACUAAUUAUGAUGUAAUUUAAAGGAUAUAGGAAUCGUCUUUCAUAAAAUACAUUAUGUCACACACAA